GAUUAGUUUGGGAAGUAGCACGGAUUGCUCAUCCGAUCCGUGCAGCCGCAGAGAGUGUGUCAAGUUACAGAGGCGCCGGAAUCUGUCCCAGCGCUCCUCGGCAGCGGCCACGACCCACCUCUGCCCAUGGGGCCCUCCAUGUGCGCCCCUGCACCCGGGGACUGAAACUGGCUCUCCCGGGAGAGGCAAGACAUCCAGAAGGACCGACAGCCCGGCACCAGCUGGAGGACUCUGCAGACUCUUGAAGGGAAAGACAGGCGGGGGGCCGGCCAGAUUGCCCUCACUUUCCUGGACUUGGAGCGUUCUUCCAAAUAACUUUUUUCCUCACUUUGGUGUACCCCGAUUACCGCUGGUUGUGAUUUUCGGCUUUCCGCCUCCUACUGCUAAUUUUUCCGUCCUCUUUGCCGGAAGCAAAGGAAAGGGACGAUUUCCAGCAACACAAGCCCUUUCCCCCUGCCCCACAGUUUGGAUCGCGCCUUUCGGCAGCGGCUCUUACUUUUAUUUAUUCUAUUUAUUUAUUUAUUGGUUCUCAAGACGCGAGGGGAUGGUAGCGGAGCGAGCCCGCAAAGCGGCCACCGCCGCUGCCCGCGGCCCCGGGGAGCUGGGCGCGCCCGGGACUGUGGUGCUGGCGGCGGCGCGAGCCGAGCGCUGCGCGCGGCUGCCCAGCCCAGGGUCGUGCGGGUUGCUGGCGCUGACCCUCUGCUCGCUGGCGCUCAGCCUGCUCGCCCACUUUCGGACCGCGGAGCUACAGGCCCGGAUGCUGCGCUUGGAAGCAGAGCGCGGGGAGCAGCAAAUGGAGACGGCUAUUUUGGGACGAGUCAACCAACUGCUGGAAGAGAAAUGGAAGCUCCACUCACGGAGGCGCCGGGAGGCCCCGAAGAUGUCCCUAGGAUGUAACUGCCCGCCAGGACCUCCUGGCCCCACCGGAAGACCCGGGCUCCCAGGGGACAAAGGUGCCAUUGGGAUGCCUGGACGUGUGGGAGUGAAGGGCCAACCGGGCGAGAAGGGUGCCCCUGGAGACUCCGGGAUGUCCAUCAUCGGUCCCCGCGGCCCCCCUGGCCAGCCAGGCACGCGAGGCUUUCCUGGAUUCCCGGGUCCCAUUGGGCUGGACGGCAAGCCGGGCCAUCCCGGACCAAAAGGGGACACGGGCCUGGCGGGUCCCCGAGGACAGCCGGGACCCCCAGGACAGAAAGGAGAAAAGGGUCAGUGUGGCGAGUACCCACACCGGCUGCUGCCUCUCCUCAAUUCCGUGCGCCUGGCUCCACCCCCCGUCAUAAAAAGGCGGACCUUCCAGGGCGAACAGGGCCAGGCUGGCAUCCAAGGCCCACCCGGGCCACCAGGCCCCCCUGGACCAAGUGGACCUCUGGGACACCCAGGACCGCCAGGGCCCAUGGGGCCACCUGGCUUACCUGGGCCUCCUGGACCGAAGGGAGACCCGGGGAUCCAGGGCUACCAUGGCCGGAAGGGAGAACGGGGUAUGCCAGGGAUGCCGGGCAAGCACGGAGCCAAGGGGGCUCCUGGGAUCGCCGUGGCCGGGAUGAAGGGUGAGCCAGGGACCCCAGGAGCCAAGGGCGAGAAGGGGGCUGCCGGCUCCUCUGGGCUCCCCGGUCUUCUGGGACAGAAGGGAGAGAAAGGUGACGCUGGCAACUCCAUUGGAGGAGGCAGGGGCGAGCCCGGCCCCCCAGGGCUCCCUGGGCCCCCAGGGCCAAAGGGAGAAGUGGGUAUGGAUGGCCAGGCCGGCCCCCCCGGACGACAAGGAGACAAGGGGCAGCCUGGAGCCACUGGAGAACAGGGACCAGCUGGCCCCAAGGGCUCCAAGGGCGAACCAGGGAAGGGAGAGAUGGUGGACUACAACGGAAAUCUCAACGAGGCUCUCCAGGAGAUCCGAACACUGGCCUUGAUGGGGCCUCCUGGUCUACCUGGGCAAAUAGGCCCCCCCGGAGCUCCAGGGACCCCAGGCCAGAAGGGGGAGAUUGGACUGCCAGGCCCUCCAGGACACGAUGGAGAAAAGGGACCUCGAGGCAAACCAGGAGACAUGGGCCCCCCUGGCCCCCAAGGACCCCCAGGAAAGGAUGGGUCUCCAGGAACGAAGGGAGAAAACGGAUCCCCAGGGAGCCCAGGAGAGAAGGGGGAGAAAGGGGAGACGGGCCCGGCAGGCUCUCCGGGUCUAGACGGCCCAACUGGGGAGAAAGGAGAACCCGGUGGCCAAGGGAGGCCCGGAGCGACAGGAUUGCCUGGCCCCAUCGGGCUCCGGGGAUUUACAGGAGAGAAAGGAGAAGCUGGAGAGAAGGGUGACCCAGGAGCAGAGGUUCCUGGGCCACCAGGGCCAGAGGGACCUCCUGGACCUCCGGGACUCCAAGGUGUUCCUGGACCAAAGGGAGAGGCAGGACUAGAUGGAGCCAAAGGAGAGAAGGGGGCCCAGGGAGAAAAAGGAGACCGAGGGCCUCUGGGCCUACCUGGAGCUUCAGGUUUGGACGGCAGGCCUGGGCCACCGGGUACCCCAGGACCAAUUGGAGUUCCAGGCCCAGCUGGACCAAAGGGCGAGAGGGGCAGCAAAGGAGACCCAGGGAUGACAGGACCAACGGGAGCAGCUGGGCUUCCUGGUUUACAUGGACCACCAGGGGACAAAGGGAACCGGGGGGAAAGGGGAAAGAAAGGAUCUAGGGGGCCUAAAGGGGAUAAGGGAGACCAAGGAGCACCUGGAUUAGAUGCCCCCUGUCCACUGGGUGAAGACGGUUUACCAGUCCAGGGCUGCUGGAACAAGUGAUGCCUCUAACCUUGGAUUGGCCUGUGUGUGUUUUGUACAUAGAAUAUUUAUUUUUAUACAGUUUUCACUUUUUGAAAAUGCCAGAAGUAUGAUGCAUCUUACAGAUUAUUAAAAAAAAGAGAGAGAGCGAGAAACCUGCAUAUUUUGUACAGAAAAUAACCCCUUCCCUUUUGUUUACAAAAUGUUUUGUAUAAGUCUGUGUCUCUAAUACACUUUCUGUUUGUGAGUACGGUCCUAAUGUUUGCAUGAUAUUUGUGCACACUUAUUAAGUUUUGAAGCUUAAUAAAUUAUCGUGUUUCAGUGCCAAAGGGGGCCAGCCAGCGCUGAGGUGCUGCUAGCUCACGUGUGAAUUCACAUA